AUGAAAGCGCAGAACCAGUCGCAGAGCGCGCAGAAUCAGCUGGCUUCGCUUCACGCGCAGCACGAAAAGCUUCUGAGCGAAUUGGCCUCGCUGCGUGACGAUCGCGACUCGCUCCAGUCCAACCUGACGCUCACAAACCAGCAGGCUGGCCGCGAUGUGAGCAAGCUGCAGAGCCAAAUCGACCGGCUGAAGCAGCAGCUGGACGCUGCGAACCAGCAGCUGAGUGCUACGAGUCAGCAACUCAAUGCGACGACGCAGCAGAGAGAACGCGACGUACAGAUGCUGCAGAACCAGCUCGCAGAGAAGGAGCAGCGCGAGAAGUCGCUGCUGGAAAAUGUCGAAUCGACGACUGCCAUGCAAUCGCAGAGCGAGCAGCGACUUCGCGAAGCGAACGAGGCGCUGCAGACCUCGCGACGGCAAUACCAGGAGAGCGAGCAGCGCGUUCUGGAGCUGCAAGAAGCGGUGCGACGCGCGCAGAGCGAAGAAGAAGCGACACGAGCCGAGCUGCGAAGCACGGCGCGGCAACUCUACGAGCUUCUGCAGGAAGUGACGCAGGGUUCGGCGAUGAACCGAUCGAGUAGGACUGCGGAAGCAAGCGCGUUAACUCUAGGCCACUCGCUCGCCGAAGUGUCCGCUGAGACUCCUGAAGGGGUGAGCGGAUCGCUGCAUGAGUUGUACGCGUGGAGCCAGCAGAUGCUCGCGGAGAACCGAUCGCUGCACAGCCAGAUCGCUUCGUUUGAGCAGCAAGUGGCCUCCAUGAGUCAAAACGACUCGGCGUCCUCGCAGGUUUUGGCGCUGCAAGCGGAGCUUCGCGAGGUUCGGAGUCGCCUCGCGUCGCAGGAAGGACUUUUAUCGGACGUUCGCUCGCAGCUCGCAAUGAAGGAGGACGCGAUGGCCUCGCUGCAGCAGGAACUGAAUCAGACGCCGCGCUGCAGCUGCGCGCGCAGCAAUUGUCUGCGUUGGAAGACGAGCUGA